GGUUGAGGGACAUGGGCCCAAAGGUGCUCCUGAGGGCGGGGCGGGAGGCAAAGAACUGGGAGGGGUGCAGGCCCCCUCCCUCGCUCCCUCCCUCCUGACUCCACCGCUCAGGUGGAACCUCCCAGGGGUCAUCUUUGCCAGGGAACGUGAGAGCCGACCUCCUCUUUCAUCAGCUCACAGCCCAGGCCCAGCCCACACCCGCCAGGAGGGAGGAGAGAAGAGGAGGAGGAACAGAGGAGGGCCGUGCAGACCUUCGGGGCAGGGAGCAGGCAGGAACCUGCAGCCGCAGGACCAGUUCCCAGCAGGGAUUCCCUCGCCUGCGGGGGCAGCGGUGGCACUGGCUCCCUACUUCGGCAGCCGCCCCAUGUAAUGUGACACUUGAAUCUCCAGGACGACCAACAACAAAAAAGCUAAGGCCGAGACAGCAGCUGGCUGUCAGCAGCCAGGAGCUCCGCUGCGCUGAGCAGAGGCACCCGGGGAGCAGCCGCGGGUCAGGAAAGAGGCGUCCGCAAAGGAAGGAAGAGGUGUGAGCCCCGCUGGAGGGGAGGCCGGAGGAGAGGCACGCGGAGGCUGCUGGGCUCCCCAGCACCUGCGGUUGCCCCCCAACCCCAGCACCUGAGCUCCCAGGUGAGUGGCUCCGCUCACAGAUGAGGCGGGGACGAAGGGAAGGGAGCCGCCAGGGUCCCCUGUCUCAAGGGUGGAGGGCCACAAUCUACCACAAGCACGGAGAGGAGGGUCCUGGGGGACACGCUUGGUUGUAGUCUCUGGAGAGCCUCCCCCUUCUCUUGCUGGGACCCAGCACGGGGCACAGGCCGAGGCUGCAGCCCUCUGCUGGCUUGCUGAGCAGGCAGAAGGGCCUGGAGUGCCUGCUUACUCGGCAAGUUAGUUUAAGCUUUUCCUAUUCAGGGGGCUUAAACGAGGGAUUUGGCUGGCCUGGCCUAGGGGAGAACCAUCGCCUGCCCACUGAGCCUCCCUUUUUCCGGGGAUCAAGUCCCUGCUUUCUCCCAGGCAAGGAGGCUCAGGGCAGGGUCUGCCCAGCCACCUCGCACCUCCCAGGAUGCGAACCUGUGGCAGCUCUGCCCAUCGUGUCCUGGACAAAAGCAGCAGCUGCCGCCUCUCAUGGGGGUCUCGGAGUUCUCAGCUCGGAGCUAGGCCCAGGUGCUCCUCCCUGGGCCCACAGAGGUCCCCAGGAUCCCCCAGAUCUCCCUGAAUGCCACGCCAGAAGCAGGAGGGCCCUAAACCCAGGGUGGGGGGGGGAAGUGAGGCUUGGGGAGGGACUGCCCCGCCCUGUACUUGGCCCUCCGCCGCCAUCAGAAUGCUGAUAGUUCUCGGCGCACUGAGGUCAGCUCCCGUGGGCAGGGCCCCGAGAGUCUCGAGCCGAGGCUGGCUGCUUACCCCUCCUGCCUCCCUGUCCUCACGCCAGCGUUACAGUCCCCUUCCCCAACCCCCCAGAUGUUCUCCCCAAAGCGAACAAGCUAGUGUCUACUUAGAAAAACAACCACCCAGGUUAAAGUGGAAACCAGGGAUCAGUCGACGUGUUCUUGGCUCGGCAGAGGCUGUGGGAUCUGGUCUGGGUUGGUGGCUGGGGAGACUAAAAGCCCGGCAGCGAUGAGCAGUGAUGGCACAGAGGGGACAGACGCCGGGUGAGGGAGGGACGCAGUGAUGAGCCCAUGGCUACCCCUGCCGGCUCUUAUCUGUAAGAUGGCCCAGGCAGGCAGGCAGGGAUCAGAGUCCCUAGAUCCAGAGGACACAGGUGGAUGGGGACCCCCAAACACAAUCCCUGUGCGGGGACAGAAGGGUGAUGCCCAGCUUCUGGGGCUGCAGGAGCAAUCAGCGGCAACAGGAAGUGCCUCCUCCUGCCCGGGAAAAGCUAAGGGGCUGGGGAAGCGGGGGCUGCCGAGGGUCCAAGUGUCACUGGACCCCACUGGAAGGCGGGGCCGAGGCAGAAAGCGCGGCGCACAGUGGGCAUCUCUGCCUUGCUGGUUAGGCCACCGGACCCCGCAAGACUCCCCCAACCUUCAGUUAUGCCUCAUUCUAGUCCUUUCUCCAACAAGACAUUGCCCAGGGGGCAGGGGUGGCUGAAACCCACCUUGACAAAAUAACAGGGCAAGGCAAGAAGCCCUUGGGCCCUGAGCCAUCAACACACCCUUAUCAGACAGCACACAUCCGCUGCCUGGGAUCUCCCCACGCAGCUGCAUCUGGAGUUGGAGUGUCAGUUCUGCAAAGAGGAAACAGGGACGCUUCAGUACCAAGUGGCAGUUGUCGGGCCGGCAGGCGGCCUGCCUGCUCUGUUGCAAGGUUCUCUGUGCCAGGAGGUGCCACACAAAGGCAUGUUUUCUAGUCCCUCCAGCUCUGCCAGCCUUCCCUUCAGCCCAGCUCACCUUCCCCCUCCACUGGCUGCCACUCCAGCCGGGGAGCACCCUCCGAAGGUGUCGAGAAGGGCCAUGCAGGCAGCCAGGCCAGGGGAAGCCACCACUUGCUCUGGCUGCUUCUAACCGAGGUGCUACUGAGCACGGGGUUGGGGGAGAUCCUCAUUCACAGGCAGAAAGUACAGUUUGGGAAGGAGUGUGGUGGAGCUGAGAUAGAAAGACUGGAAAAAUAUAUAGAGAAUUACCAGUAGCCCCACUGGGCUUCCCUGCCCUCCGCUCUCCAAACCUGGGAAGGUUAAGAAAACAAGAGGCAGCCAGCCCUAGGAUGCCCACCCUCCCUGGGCCACAGCUGGGAACACUCAGGGCUCCCUACAACGCAACAGCUGGGGCACAGGCCUCACGGUCACCUGACGAUGGCUGGUUAUAUCGGGCACCAGGCGUCAGGCACCCCUUGGCCUCGCUUUAAAUAGCGUGCUGGAAAGCCCGCCUGGGACCUGCUGGAAUGUGCCUCCGCCCUCUUAGGAGAACAGGCCCCUCCCAGCCCCCCACAGUCCCCACUAAGGCUCCUCUGCUCAAGGCCAAGCUGGAAAUGAUAAAACAGCAACUGAAAAGCAAAGGGGGCUUCAGCCUUUGGGGCAGAACAGCCGUGUCCAGCAGCCCCACUCCUGCAGACAGGAUGCAGUGAGCAGCCCUGGGGCCAAUCCAAGUCCCUAGAGGCCCUGGCUGUCCACGUCCGUGGCCCGCUGGAGUGGACCGACACUCUCCCCAGAGUGGGGCCCGGGUCCCCUGGGCGUGAGUCUGCAGCUUUCAGACUUCCUAACCCCUGGAGGACGGCUGACUUUAAAGGCGAAGCUUCGGAUCAACAGGCCCCGCCUUUCCGGCACAGCAGUUCAGCCCGGCCCCACCUUCCCCCUCCCUGCUCUGGAGAUCACGCCCCAACUGACCAGGGUCUCCACGCAACCUCUCACUCACAAGCGGAGGCGCGCCCCUCUGCAAUCCCUCCUGGGUCUUUGGGCGUGGGGGGCACAGGUGAAAAAGCCCCCCGCCAACCCGCUCGCCUCCGCCUUCUCUGUGAAGGAGUGUCUCUGAUGGCUACAUUAGGCAGUGCAGGCCCUGGGCCAAUCAGGCUGAAAAAGCCAGGCCAAGUAGCCGAAGAGGGGAGGGGAAAGCAGCCCAGCUCCUGAGCCCGGGGCAAGCUCCCCCUCGGCUUCGGUCGGCCCACCGGUCCCUCGGUCCCUCCUCCAGGAAUGGGACCAGCGGGCGGGCUCCCGUCCUCCUGGAAACCCGGGGAGCGAGAUGCCCGGAGGCCCCAGAACAAGGGAGGGGACCACCUUCCUGUGCACACCUGCUCCACUGGUCAGUGGGAGGAGGUCUGUUCGGUGUGACCUGAGGAGAGGGGUCUUAUGCUUGGGAAGGAGUUCACGAGCCUGAGACGGAAAGACUCGCAAGAUCUGCCUUUGGUGACAAGUCACAGGAGGUUCUCAAAGAGCAAGUGUGGCUUGGUGAGUGAUGAGAGCUGUGUUCCAGACUCCCGUGUGGGGUGGGGCUGAUCACGCAGAGCCCUGGUCCCUGUGCUGAGCCCAUCGCAUGGGCCAGGCCCUCUGUGGGCUGCUCCUGGGCCGACUUAUCUUGCCCGUCGAAGAGCAGGCUGCCUGAGACAGGCGCCCACGGAGGGAUGGCGGAGGCAGCGCUGCCAGGCCCCACUCCUGCAGUGUGACCGUGAAGUCCCUUCCUCUCUCUGGUCUCAUAUGCAAAAGAAAGGAGGCAGGAGUGGAUGACCCAUGGCAUUCUAGAAUUCUAUGCCUCCUAGUACAUUGGGAAACUGGGAUCCUGAUCUCCUUGGUAGCAAUGUGCAGGCCCUGGGGCGGCCGUGGGAGAAGCUGGGAGGCUCUAAUUUCAGGAGCUCGCCCUUUGACAGGAGACCGUCUAAUCCUCCACGGAGCCAUCACCUGCCUGCUACCCCCCAUCAUCACUUAAAACAUAGCCCCCCCAUCUCCAGCCGGCCCCCCACCACUCUCCUUCACCUCAUACACCACAAACAUCCCGGGCAUGAAGGACACAGACGGAACUCCCCAAAGGUGUUGGAGGAAGGUCACUGACAGCAAAUGUGUGGGGGUGUGACAACCCCCAAAGGCCGCCUGGCCUCUGCUGCGCUGGCCGGACCCCGCCCAGAGGGGAAUCACAUGGGCUGGGUACUCCCGGAGCCCGGCCCUGUGCUCAACCCUCCCGACAGCCUCGAGAGACGGGCACCUCAUCUUCAUGGAAAACGAGAAAAGGAACAGACUCAGAGAAACGGAGCCACUCCCGUGUCACAAAAGCAGGAAGAAGGCUGGCAGUAUUCAAACCCAGGAUGAUUUGAAUGCUAUUCUAUGGGGAGGGGGGGGCACCUGACCCGACGAGGGCAGUUAUCCUGUGGGGAAGGAGAUGCAGGAGGAAUCCCCGCUGGCCGUCCAGGCCCUGGAGGACCGUGAGGCGGAAGGGGGCGGAAUUGGCCUGAGUGACCACAGGUGGGACUGACGAGGUCACCAGGAGAUCCCAUCUUCUAACGAUCAGAGCUGCCCAAGAAGGAAUGGGCCGGGCUGGGCCACAGGGGGGCUCCCCACUCGAGCAAAGGCCGCAUGCCAGAGGGAGGGCAGGGAGCCAAGUGCGGCGCAGAGGACUGGAGCGGAUGACCUUCAAGGCGGCUCUAAGGACGCUAUGCUGUGAUGGCGGCGCCAGGAGUGACCAGCCUCACAGACCGCAGCCACCUGGGGGCGAAUGUGCCUGGCUGAGGGACGAGGCGGAGCUCAGGAGGAACCCCGGCAGGGACCCGGCACAACAUGGCAGCCUCCAACCUUGCGCUGGAGAUGCGCUCCAUAGGGGAGAGGCUGCUGCACAAGCUGCAGAUGCUGCCCCAGGCCGAGCCCGUGGAGAUCGUGGCCUUCUCGGUCCUUGUCAUUUUCACAGCCACCGUGCUGCUGCUGCUGCUGAUGGCCGUCGGCUACUGCUGCUGCCGGUGCUGCCGCCCUAAGCGGGGAGGCAGGAGGGCCCUGGUGGGACCCACGACCCCACCGUGAGGGCCAGGGCGGCGGCCGAGGAGGAGCCGGAGAGGAGACCGCCAAAGCCAUGACCCAGGGCAUCAGCCUGGCCCUGCAGCCCUCAACCCUCAAGACAAAGAUCCACGGGCCCAGCCCUGGCCUAGCCCAGGAACCCAGACACUGACUGAAAGCUGGAGGCUCGUCAAGGAAAUAAGGGCUGUGCCGACCACAAAACUCUCACCUGACAGUGAACACAGGGUGCCGAGGAGGACUCGACUGUUUCUAAGACAGAAAACCACCGGGGAUUCUGUGCCUACCUGCGCUUUCUAACAAAACAAAGAAGUGGGGUCCCCACACCUGGUGAACAGCCCGCACGUGUGGGGAGCUGGCUCAAGGCUCCCACGCCAAAGAGGAGCAGGCCAAUCGGAGAGGGGCUUUGCGCGGCAGCUCCUGUGUCCCAAGCUCCCCCCGAGCACGCACACGUCUGUGUUCCAUUCCAGUAUUUGCCUGUUUCUUUCCCAGUAAAAGCUUUCUGGUUAUGUGUGUCUGUGGUGCCAGACUCCCUGGGCUGGGUUACGUGCAUCAGGUGGGCAGCGUGCCAGAAUUCCAGGGACAUGGCCAGUGACCGUCCCUGCCAGGCCUCUGCUCUCCCUGUGCUCUCGGAAGCUGGAAAAACAAGCAGGCAGGAAUGCCACGCGAGAGGGAAGGCUGCAGAACCAGGGGAGGGCUGCGGCGCCGUUCCUGCCGAGCACCAGCUGCUAACAAGCUCCGCCCUCCCCAGACGCCUGCUCGGCAGUGGCGGAGGCUGCGUCUGCCCCAGGCAGGUGCCGGGCUCAGGAAAGCCACGCCACGGUCACCACUGCCAUUAACCACAGCCAGCACACCCCGUCCUACCAGGCUCAGGCCACUGGGUCUUCCCAAACUUCUGCAAUAAGAGAGGUGAGGCCCCUACUAUUGUCCAUAACCUGCAUCCUGACCGCUCCGUCCUUUCCCCACCGUGUGCCGGACUGUCUGCAUUCAAAUCCUCACGCUCCCACCCCCGCCAGCUACGAAACCGGAGGUCAGUGACUCAACCUCUUCAAGCCAUGUUUCCUCCC